AUGCACGGUUUAAUCAACUCCCUAUGUCUUUUUCUGGCCUCAGUGCCGGCGGUUUUGAGCGCAAACUCAGCUGGAUGUGGGAAAUCCAAAACCCUCACGAGCAAGCAAUACUCGGUGCAGGUCAAUGGAAAAACCCGGAACUAUUUCCUGAACAUCCCAGAUAACUACGACCAAAACAAGCCGUAUCGUCUUGUCUUUACCUGGCACCAAUUGGGCGGCAGUGCUCAGAAAAUCGUCAACGGAGAAGAUCCUACCCGUGGAGGCGCGCUUCCCUUCUACGGCCUCAAAGCCAUUGCCAACAACACUGCAAUUUUCGUGGUUCCAGAUGGACUCAGCCAAGGCUGGGGCAAUCAAGGUGGAGAAGAUGUUACGUUCUUUGAUCAACUUGUCAAGACCGUAGAGGCCGACCUAUGCAUCAACACUAAUUUGCGAUUUUCUACUGGUUUCAGCUAUGGAGGCGCCAUGUCCUAUGCACUUGCAUGCGCCCGCCCCGAGAUGAUCCGCGCCGUUGCCGUUAUCUCAGGUGCGCAGUUGAGCGGGUGCUCUGGUGGGACUAAACCCGUUGCUUUCUACGGCCAGCAUGGUACUUCUGACUCGGUCCUCAAUGUUUCGAUGGGCCGUCAGCUGCGAGACAAAUUCAUUGCCAACAACGGAUGCACGAAACCAGCAUCCGAGCCUCAGCCCAACGGUGGCAGUUCGGUGAAGACAGUGUACCAGGGAUGUAAGGCAGGAUAUCCAUUGACCUGGGUUAUUCAUGGUGGCGAUCAUAACCCGUCGCAAGUGAAUUCAGGUUCAAGCACGCCCUUCGCACCAGGCAAUUCAUGGGAGUUUUUCACACAGUUUACUUGAAAACUGGUAUUACACUAUACUCCAUCUAUGAGUUUGAGCUUCAACCAUUGGGUCAUCAGGUUAAACAAAACUUUGUAACAUCGAAAUCAGAAUCUGUAUAUCACAAUAUGAGGAGAAACAACACUAC